AUGGCUCUAUCUACCUUGCUGACCUCGGACGCUCUGAGUGUCGUAGGCGGGAAGCUCCGCGAGCGAGACGAGGAACGGAAGCUGAGUAUCGAUCUGAGUCUGACUGAACCGGCAGUCUUUCUUCCCAGGGGAACGAGCAAUAACCCUGUCGUCCUUCGCGGCUGCUGCGUGUUGCAUGUGAAGCGACCACUCAAGAUCAAAUGUUUGACUGUCACUCUUGAAGGCUUUUCUUUUGUGAGAUGGCCGGUUGGAUUGCGCGAGGUGGGAUCAGUCGUGGAUCGUUCGUUGAAGUUGUUCAAUUCGUCGGAUCCCAACUCCAGAUCCAAAGGUCGAUUUACUCCAUUUGAUGGCGAUGCCCAGGAGCCUGAGAAAGUGAUAGCAAGCGCCACAGAGACCAAAAUCCGGCAGAGGAAGUCUAAUAUGUUGCGCCGGGCUGUGAACAAGCUUCGUUCUCGACCCCCUAGUGACCCAGACGCCUCCUCGAGCUGGUUCUUACCUGGCACAUACUCGUUCGACUUUGAGAUGGUCUUGCAACCGAAGCUGCCGGAGUCCAUUGCAAUCAACUGCACUAGGGUGUGGUACAACCUCAAGGCUCGCGUGGAGCGCCAUGGGAUAUUGCAUCGUAAAUUUAGAACCAAACAUGAGGUUACCGCAAUCCGCUGCCCGGUGGAGGACUUCAUUGAUGACAGCCAACCAUUCAGUUUGGUGAGAAGCUAUGGAGGACUGAUGCACUUUGAGAUCAUGGUGCCAAGUCAGGGUGCGCCGCUGGAUCACCGUCUGCCUCUUGAGUUCAGAUACACCGAGACCGAGGGUAUUCAUUUUCAGAAACUCAGGAUCUUUGUGGUCGAAGAUACACGCUACCGAAUGAAGGAUGGCUCGCCGGCUUGCAAGGGACCGUAUAAGCGUUUCUUGCUCCAUGAGACGGUCAACCAGACCACUGACUCGGAAGAAGUUGAGGAGUAUUAUCCAGAUUCGUUGCCUCACCCUAAUCUCACACUCACUUCCUCGCCAUCUUCUACCACGCCUUCAUCUUCUUCCAAACACGAGGAGCGUCCCUCCACAGGUGGUGGUGCUCCAGUCGAGAUUGACCUACAGCUUCCAGCCUGCAUGGCCCAUUGUGGAAACGAAGGCAAAUACAUGCAUCAUGAUGCGGACUACAAGAAUGUGCAAGUCAGCCAUUUCUUGGAGUUCGUUAUUCACCUUCUCGUCGACACAGAUCCCGGACCCGGCAGGACGAAGUCAUUUACUGUUCAUACUCGACUGGCGCUACGAUCUUGCUUUGCGCACCCAGAUAACGCAUCUCUGCCAGCUUACGCUCGGAAUGAUGGGCUGCCUGGGUAUUCCUUAGCCCUUAUUUGA